GUCACAAAGUAAAAAACAAAAAAGAUUUUUAAAAAGUCAAAAAAAGUGUUUGGAAAGAUCGAAAAAAAAAAUUGAUCUGUAAAAAAAAAUUAAACGGAUAACAGGGAGAGUGAGAGAGAGAAAGAGAAAAAGAAAGGAAAAUAAUAAUAAUAAUAAUAAUUGCUAUUAUUAUUAUUAGGUAUAACAAAAUCUACACAAACGGCAAUCAUUGUAACCACAAAAUAUACUUUCUCUUUUUCUUAUUUUCAUUAUUUCUCUCUCUCUCACUCUCUCAGUCUGCUUUCCUGUAUCAUUAUAAAUACAUAUAUAUAAAUAUAUAUGUAUAUACAAGCAUACAAGCUUAUAUAUGUGUGUGUAUAGAUAUUAUAUACAUAUAUAUAUGUAGCGUGUAUAUAAAUAUAUGUAUGUAUAUACGUCUGUAUGAUGUAUGCUUCUCAUGUAUAUACAUAGACACACACACAUGUGUACAUAUAAAUAUGUAUUAAAUUAAUUGUUAAUAGCAGACGAUAUACAAAAGUUUAAACAGAAUCGGAGGAAAAAUAAGAAAAAGAAAGCUGAAAAAUCAAAGAAGGAUAUACUAGAAAUAGAUCUAUAUAUACAUACAUAUUUUUUAAAAAAGGAUAUAAAUACCUAUAUAUAUAUAUAUAAAUAAAUAUAUAUAUAUAUAUAUUAAAAAAGAAUAUAUAUAUAUAUAUAUAUAUAUAUAUACGUAUUUUUAAAAAAAAUCUAUAAACUAAACGAAAAAAUAACAUAAAGAAAACGAGGAAUGCCUACACAACAUAGAUCGGUGACAACAUUGCAAAAUUUGUUGUUUUUCAAGGGGGGGAUUUUCAGUGUUGUUUGUGUUGGGUUUUUUCUUGGUGAUUUUUCCCAUUCCUGAGUGAGUAGUAUGUAUACCAUUGGAACCGGGUGCAGAGUGGCACCGUUAUCACUUACCAGAACAACAACAACUAUCGUCAUAAAGGAUAUUCGGUAAACAUAUUAUACCCAGCCAAUACACCGGAUAGUUAUUCGUUCCGAAUUGGAUUGUAUCUCACUUGAAUGUUCUAACAGUCAAUUGGAAAACAAACAAAUACCCGAUAAUAAUAAUAAUAAAAAUAAUAAUAAAAAUUACACAAAUAUGGGAAAAUCUUCGUCUUUGAUUACGCACACUAAAGCAAGGCUGGGGUCGCUUACCACAGAUUGCGAAUAUUCGGACAGUGUGUCCAGCCCGACCUCAUCGCCACCAUCGACAGUCGGCAGCGCAUCAGCAAUGAAAAAUACCACAAUCAACUUGACCACUGGUCGAAUCACAGGAAGGAUGAAGUUUAAUCAACGCCUCUUCAUUCUUUUUGGAGCUACUUUCUUCUCAUUUGCAUUUUUUCUCUUAUUCGACCAGAGCAUGCCCUGGCCACAACAACAAAUCAGCCGGACUCGUCUGUUGGCCAUUAAGCUCUGGCCAAACCAGUUGGACUGGCAGCCGCCACGACAUCGCCACCACGCAUGCUCGUGGAGCACGACACCGUCCAUUGACAGGAUUGUCACAGCAAACUUUUCCACAUUUGAUAUGAUACCCAAACUUGUUUAUGAUGUCAUGGCUGACGGUUCAUAUCCGCUCCCAAACCCUAACAAAGCUUUAGAUUUAUUAUCUUUAUCAUCAUCAUCGUUAUCAUCAUCUUUGUCAUCGUCAUCAUUAUCAAAGUCUUUAUCAUCAUUAUCAUCCUCAUCAUCGUUAUCAUUAUCAAACUCCUUAGUGUUAUUAGAUUCUUCUCUUUCAUCAUCACCAUCGUUAUCAUUAUCAUCAUCAUCAUCAUUAAAGUCUGCUUCAUUGUUAUCAUCUAACAAUGCUGAACUUGUUGUUGUUGAUGGUGAUGAUGCUGGUGACGAUGAUGAUGAUGAUGAUGACGAUUCUCAUCAUAGUAACGUGGAUGGUGAUGGCCCUGGCGGCGGCGGUGGUGCCGUUGCUGCUGCUGACCACAGUAGAGAUAGUAUAAGUAGCAGUAGUAGUAGUAGUAGUAGCAGCAGUAAAGUCAGCGAAGACGGUCUUACUGUUAUUGUUGUCCCUCAUUCACAUAAUGACCCAGGAUGGCUGAAAACAGUGGAUGAGUACUACUCAGAUCAGACAAAGCACAUACUUGACAACAUAGUGCAGAAACUGACCACGUACCCUAACAUGACAUUUGUGUGGAGUGAAACAAUUUACUUAGCCAUGUGGUGGAACGAUCAAGAAGAUGCCAUUAAAGCACAGGUCCGUAGACUGAUACGUCGGGGUCAGUUAGAGAUAGUGCUGGGUGGCUGGGUGAUGCCAGAUGAGGCCACCACUCAUUAUUAUGCAAUAGUUGACCAAUUGAUAGAAGGCCAUCGAUGGGUGAUGGAUAACUUGCAUGUCAUUCCUGAAAAUAGCUGGUCAAUCGAUGCUUUUGGACAUUCUGGCACAAUGCCUUAUUUACUGAAGGAAGCUGGUCUGAAAAACAUGGUUAUACAGAGGAUUCAUGGUGCUGUAAAAGGUUACUUAGCCAAACGUAAAAGCCUUGAAUUCAACUGGCGCCAAUACUGGGAUCCUAAAGGCACAAAAGAUAUGAUGUGUCACACAAUGCCAUACAUGUUAUAUAGCAUUAAAUAUACCUGUGGUCCAGAUAAGUUCUUCUGCCUGCUUUAUGAUUUCCGCAACAUUCCUGGUGAAAGACGCGAAGGUAAGAGUCGUGAAAUAACCAUGAAGAAUAUUGAAAUUCAGGCUGAGUACCUUUAUAAAGAGUACAUGAAAAAGAACUUCCUUUAUAAGUACAACGUGAUCCUUGUGCCCCUUGGCGAUGAUUUCAGAUAUGACAAAGAAUUAGAAUGGGAUCAGCAAUAUCAAAACUACAUGAUGCUGUUUCAUUAUAUGAAUUCCAGAAGAGACUGGAACAUAAAACUUCGUUUUGGAACCCUCAGAGAUUAUUUCGAUAUUGUCCGUAAACGCCAACUUGUAUAUCCAAAUUACUUUGGUGAUGAUAGUUUAAAGUUGCCCUCUCUUAGCGGUGAUUUUUUCCCAUAUUCGGAUAAAAAUUAUGACUAUUGGACUGGAUUCUAUACAACACGGCCUUUUGACAAAAGAUUUAGUCGAAAUCUUGAAAGUUAUCUGCGAGCAGCUGAUAUCUUAUACUUCUUAGCCUGUUCUUAUUCUAGCAUCUGGGACGUUCCAUACGAGAAAUCUUUCGAGGCUGCUGGUAUGUUGAAAAGAGCACGUAGAUACCUCGGUUUAUUUCAGCAUCAUGAUGCUAUUACAGGAACUGCCAAAGAUAAUGUUGUAUUAGAUUAUGAAGAAAAACUGGCUAUUUCUUAUAACCUUACACAAACUGUUAUUGGUGACGCUUUGGAAAUACUUUUGUAUCGUUCAAAGAAUGGACCCACUAAAUUUGUGACACCAGAAACCGUACGCAUAUCUCCGACGACUUCUCCACAAAAGCAGAUUUUGCGAGUUGACAAAGCCGGCUUGCGACUGAUACUUUUCAACCAAUUGUUACAACAGCGUCAGGAUAUUGUGACAGUUCUUGUUUCUACAAACAAUAUCGAAGUUUUAGAUGAAAGCAAAAACUCUAUACCAUGCCAGAUAAAUCCCUACUGGACAGACCAUACAACAGUUUCCAACAGUGUAUUUGAAUUGGUAUUUUUAGCUAAUAUGGCACCGUUAGCUUCAACUGUCUACACACUUCAAAUACCUAUAGAAGAACCAAAAAAUACAUAUCUUGCUCGAAUUGGUGCCAUAAAUCACGAACACUUAGUAAUACCGUCUACAAGUGGGUUUGUCAAGGAAAAACCCUGGUUUAGUAGUAAUCCUGAAUCAAUAGUUUUGGAAAACAGUAUCAUAAAAGCUACGUUUUCUGGUAGUCGAGGUCUUUUACAAGAAGUCGUUGAUAAAACCACUGGAAAUUCUACUCAGAUAAAACUGGAUUUCCUUGCUUAUCUCUCUCAGGGUAGUGGAGCAUAUUUAUUCUUACCAAAUGGUCGGGCACGCUCUAUCACAAAUAGCAAGCAUAUCGUACGCGUUGUUCGUGGUCCAUUAGUAUCCGAAGUUCACGUACUUCACAAAUAUAUAUUGCAUCGGAUCAAGUUGUAUGAUGUGCCUGGACUUCAAAGACAUGCUUUGCAUAUUGAAAAUACAGUGAAUAUAAAAAGUUUCCGUGAUCGGGAAGUAAUCAUGCGUCUUCAGACUGAUAUUAAAAAUCCCAAUCAAACAUUUUUCACUGACCAGAACGGGUUUCAAAUGAUUGGCCGCAGAAAUCAACCUCGGUUGCAUGUGGAAGCCAACUAUUAUCCAGUAACAACCAUGGUCAUGCUAGAAGAUGACCUACGACGACUGAGUCUUCAUGUUGACCAUUCCCAUGGCGUGGCUUGUUUGGAAACAGGUAUGGUUGAAGUCAUGCUUGACCGACAGCUCAGCUAUGAUGAUGAACGUGGCCUUGGUCAAGGGGUUGAGGAUAUAAAGCCCGUAAUUUCAAAGUUUGUUCUUCAUCUUGAACCACGAUACAAAGGCAAGCAGUCUACUUCUAAUGGUGAUGAUACAGUUAACAAUAAGCAUAAUGUCAAAGAAGACACCCUUCAGUUCGACUCGGAAGCAACCCAGAGACAUGAAGCAGCACAAAAUAUCAAUGUGGAUAGAAAUAAAGAUGGAAUUUCCAAAACCUUAGUUCGAAAUUCUGAUGGUAACGCUCAAAACAUAAAAAUGAAUUUACCAAUUUCGAACACUUUUGCAUCCUACACUGACUCACAAAAAUCUAGUAUACACACGCAAGAGCUCCGUUUUACAUACCCUUCGCUUUUAGGCAUUUAUUUGAACUAUUACCUGCAGCAUCCCUUGAUAACAUAUUUCACUAACAUGCCCUCAGAAAAGCUUGCCCCUACUUUCUUGCCCAUUGACGGCCAGAUUCCUUGUGACAUUAACAUUCUCUCUUUGCGGGUCCUAGUUAAUUCCGAUCUUGUUCAGAACGGCUCUAGCCUGAUACUGAACCGUGAAGGGUUCAGCUGUGAAUUCCCUACAUCAGAGCCGGUCUGCAGUUCUAAUUGGGGCCAGUUCCCUGUUAAUGCCAUGUUUGGGAAAAUACCUUUGAAAUCUUUCCGGCGAACUUCGUUGUCCCAUUUGUAUGACCUUGAAACUCUAAGCCCAAACUCUGUCUUAAAACUUGCUCACAUGGAAGUUUCCUCGUACAUCUUAAAGACAUAAAAUAAAUUGGUGUGUGUGUGUAUAUAUAU